GAACACGUCCGGGGUGAAAGUUUAUAAAUAGAUAACUGAUUAUUUUUUCCUGUUCAUAUGUGAUUUAAUACCAAACUUUUCACCUCAAUAUGAGUAUUCUUACAAUAUGGAUUUAUGCUAUUGGUCUCCAGAGUACAGGAAUUCUGUCUUACACGCAACAUUUCAUGUCGGACAACGUAAUGCCAUGGCAUGAUGCGGACAUCGUCUGUCCGAAACUGUUUAACCCAGGCAAAGGAGUGGUUCACUUGGCGGGGAACUUAACAUCUGAUCCUGAACAAAUACAGGUCUUAAGAACUCUCAAAAAUCAGGAAAGUUUCUGGUUGGAUGGGAUUCGUUAUCAUCUUGGCUGCAAUGAGAUGUCAUGUGAAUACUUGCGAGUUCAACACAGAAUCGGAGCUAAAGAGCUAAAAGCUAUAUGCAUCAAAAAGUCAGCAUUUGGAGAUGGUCUGGAAAUUGAGUCUAACUGCAACAAAGUGUACAACUUAACCAGUAUCGCUGACCAAUCAAACCUACACACUCUGAGUGAAUAUGGCAACGGCGAAGAGCUGAGGAUAAAUCAAGCAGACAUAAAGGGUAUACUGAAAGAGUGUCGAUUGGCCACAAGAACCCCAAAUGGAUUCAGGAUUAAGUAUCAGAAUUGUGCUGCUACUCACAAAGUUCUGUGCCAGAAACAUUCCAAGGUCACAUCCAUUGUCACCACCCUGGUGUACCAGCGGACGGCGAACGCAGUCGACACGGAGGAGAAUGUUUACGUUCGGAUGACUAGCACAGUUACUGAGGCGUAUGAUACCAAAGGAGUUUGGGACACUAAAUGGCUGAUCACCACGUGUCUGUCUGGAAUGUCGUGUAUAUUAAGUGUCAUCAUCUGCAUUUAUUUGUGUUACAGGAAGCACAUAAGGCCUUCACUGAGGAUCGCCAUCUCUGUCAGUCUGCUGCCAUGUUCUGAAUCCGGCCCCAAGUCCAUCCACGCUCCUUCAUCUCUUUCUCUACUGGUCGCCGGUAUAUUUCCUUUGGUCUCCCUCUAUUUCUCUUUCCUGCUGGUGUCCAUCUCAUGGCGAUCUUUGGGAUUGAUGUUGCUCCCAUCCUGUGGACAUGUCCGAUCCAUUUCCAUCGUCUCAUCUUGAUCAUCUCAGAUAUUGGUGAUGUUGACGUUCUCUGAUAUAGAUCUUUGUUGCUGAUGGUGUUGGGCCAGAAGACCUUCAGAAUCCGUCGUAGGCAUUUGGUCUGGAAGACAUCCAGUCUGUGGACAAUACCUUUGGUCACCUUCCACGACUCGGCACCAUAUAGGAGGACUCCAAUGAUGUUACUCUUGAACAUCGUGAUCUUGGUCUUGAUGCUGAUGGCUGUUGACUUCCAGAUGUUCCUCAUGCUUGUGAAGGCUGCUCUUGCUUUGGCUAUUCUGCUCUCUACAUCAGAUGUUGAAUCCCCAUCGGCUGUGAUCUUACUGCCGAGGUAAACAAACUCUGAGACUUCCUCUACUACGUUGUUCCCAAUAUUCACUUGUCUUUCUGUUUUGUUGUUAACUUUCAUGAUCUUCGUCCUUCCGGCGUUGAUGUUGAGACCUGCCUAGCUAAACACAAAACCCUAAUAAUAUCAUGUAAAAAAAAAUCCAUUUCAUUAUCUCGUAAGUUCUACAAGAUAAGUAUCUCAUAAUUACGAGAAAAGAUCUCGUUAUUACAAGAUGAUUAUCUGAUACUUACGAGAUAACGAGGAAAGUGAUUUAUUUUUUUUUUACAUGAUACUAAUAUGCUUUUGUAUCUAAACAUGUACUUUAAACUAUUUAUUCAUGACUUGCAGGUCUUUGUGGACGGAACUUUUAUGACUAAAUAUUCCCCAGAAUUCCUCUCUGUAUAUCUGAGCAUGCUCAGUUCAGUACAUUGUUAAACAAGCAUGUAACUAUAGUUACACAAGCUUCAUGCAAGAAUAGAGCGAGAUCUGCCGAAGUUUACCAAUUGCUAGCUAUGGGUGUCUAGUAAAGGUAUAUAAGGUGUUUAUCCUCCCAAAUAACAUGGCUGAAUACCUAUAUUACAUCUGUAUGUGAGGUAUAAGAACAAUUCUGAACAUGUCAGUAAAUGUCCGUGUGAAAUCAGAGGAGCAGAACAGUAGAAGAAAGACACGUAUGGUAAAUGAAGCCCAUAUUUAGGACACGAAACAGAGGUUUUUAGGGGCACUUGCAACUAGUAUACCCCUCUAGAUUAGUCAAGAACAAAGCCCUGAUGGAGGUGAAGGGGGUGAUGUUUCCUGAAUCUUAUUUUCAACAUUUUUUUAACAGUAUUUCCUUUUAUCUUGGGUACUGGAUGAAAAUCAAAUUGACAUUAAAUUGUUUGAUGAUUUGGCAAUGGUUUUUAUGUCAUCUGAGUCAUUCAAGUGACCUGUUGCAAUUUUAACAUGCAUCUUCUUGAUAACUCCUCCUCCAAUUCUUUUCAAAUUUGGUAAGCAGCGUCUUUGGGACAAGGGAGACAGAACUUGUAAAUUUCUGGACUGCUGCACCCCAGGGACCUUAGGGGUAGGACAACAACUGACAAAAUGGUCUGGCUUUGGGACAAACCAAACUUGUCAUAUAUUGUUUAUGUGUAAAACGUUUAAGAAUUUGUAAUGCUAUUGAUACUAAAUCGAAAUUAAACGGAUGUUUAGGAGACGCAGUUACCCUUUACCAAAAUUAUAAAUUUCAUGAUCCUAGGGGUAGGGUAGGGGUUUUUGUACAUAUACCAAGGUUGGGUCAAAAUGGUCAUAGUGAUUUUAAAUGUCAUAAUCAAUUGAGACUUUUUUAAAUAUCACUGAUAUUAUAUAUAACAAAUACAUUAAGAGGCCCACAGGCCUUAUCGAUCACCUGAGUAUUAUUUAAAAGUAUCUUAAGACCCAGGGGCUCCGAAAUCUAUCAUAAUUUUCUGUUCUGUACAUCUAAAGUUUGAUUUGAUCUUAUACUGUUUAACGUCCCACUCGAAAAUGUUUCACCCAUAUGGAAACGUCACUAUUGCCAGUGAAGAUCUGCAAAAUCUAAGCCAAUGAUCGGCCCUUACGGCCUUUGAGCAGGGAGGGAUCUUUAUCGUGUCACACCCCAUUUAAUCGCCUCUUCCGACAAGCAAGGGGCAUUGAGGACCUUUUUUAACCCGGAUCCCCAUGAGACUAGCUGAAUAUCUAAGCUAAAUUCUAAUAAUCUGUAUUAGCAGUAUAAAACAAUAUGUGUUUAAAAACAACAACACACAACUACCCCUGGAAGAACCAAAAGUAAUGAAAGACUUUAGGCCGUUUUUUGGCACACUGAUUUUAACUAAGGAUAAUUCCGUUUACCUAAUCAAGAUAUAGGGCUCACGGCGGGUGUGACCGGUCAACAGGGGAUGCUUACUCCUCCUAGGCACCUGAUCUCACCUCUGGUGUGUCCAGGGGUCCGUGUUUGUUUAACUAUUUAUUUUGUAUUGCUUAUAGGAGUUAUAUGAGACUGAUCGCUGUUCGUUAUAUUCGCCUUGUAUAUAUAUAUUCGCCUUUCAUUUUUUUUUUUUUUUUUGGAUAAUAUAUAUGUUAUACUAACUCAUUCAAACGUUAAUA